ACGCAACAGAAUGGAUGAAAAUGUGUGCAAAGGUCACUCAGGCCUCUUAACCUGAAUAUUUGCUUCCUCACUGCCGCUCCCUCCUCGGGCAGGUGCUCAGCUGCAAGCAAGACCUUUAUCAAGGGGAGGGAAGGCAGGAGAAGGAGGAGGAAAAUGAGAGCCAGUUAGAAGCCAACAGUUAUAGAAAGUGAGUGAUAGAGAGAGAGAGAGAGAGAGGGACGGCCAAAGUAGGGGAGGGAAGAAAGGAGUGAGAAGAGAAACAGACACAGUCAGGGGAUCUGCAUUGUGAGUGGCUAACCUCUUUUUUUUGUUGUUGUUCUUUCUCCGAGCAAGCAAUAGGAGUGGAAGAAGGUUUUGUUUUCCAAAAGAAGGGAGCAGGGAGGACAGAAGGAAGACAAGGCAGCAAUGAACAACAGAGCUGCUCCUCAUUCUGAGCUUUUGAUGGUAGACAGGACCUUCAUACUGUCGCCGGCGGCAUCCGUCUGUCGGCCCUGCUAGGAUGCUCACAGCCUUCAGAUCUGGCGUGUUUGAGUAGCCAUGCUUCCUGGGUAUGGACUCUCUCCUUUUCCUGAUUUCCAGCCUCACCAUCACACUUUGCAUUGCAGAGGAGACUGUCCCAGCAUGUGGCUCCCUGGCCCAGGCAAGUCGGCGGCACUGAUCUCUGACGCCCACCACGACGAGCCUCUGCCCUACCCGUGUCACCACAAGCAUGUGGCCGUGUGCCAGCAGGAGACUUUGACCUUCAUCGAUCAUCAGCCACCAGCGAGCACUCGAGUAAAUGGACAUGGCUUUCCUUAUGACCAACAAUGUGCCACCCACGUUCCAGCCCUCGACUCUUUUAAACACUCGCAGAGUGAACUCAAUGACUGGGCAAAAAGCUACCAGGGACCGGGCCAGGAGGAAGAUCCGCGAACGUCAAACUCUUGUCAUGCCAGCAUGGGCGCCAUCAAAUGUCCAAAUGGUCAUAGGACGUAUUUACUAGAACAGCCCGAUGGAGGAGCACAAAGUCACACACGAGGCACAUCAGUGUCUUGUCCCCAACACGUACCUCUUAGUCUCCCUUUGGCCUUCUCACUGUCAUCCCUCUGCACAAACAGAGACUCCUGGGACUCCCAGAUACCUUGCUCUCCAUCCUCAUCCGAGGGUCCAGAGUUUCACAACAUGGACUCCUACCAACCGCAAAGGCGAACAUCCCAAGGUUCGAUUAAAGAGAAGUCCAUCCGCCGUAAGAUGCAGGUUUAUUCUCCAGACAGCCUGAGUGACGACUCUCUCAGCAGCCCCGUCCUAGAAGCGGACUUCCUCUUCCCUGUAACCUUCGCAUCUUUCCUGGAGGAAGACUUCAGCAUACAAUCCUCACAAGACACCAACACCAGCCCUUCUUCUACAGAUGCCACAGCGGACCUGCAGAAUCUCAUUCAGGAUGAUAUUCUCCAUCUACCAACAGAAAGGCUGCCGAUUUUGGAAGACUCACAACCGGGUGUGAGACAAGAUAGUCAGUACACGUCAGUGAUGGCAACGGGGUGCGGCAGCACACCGCACAGUCGCCAAGUAGACCCCGAGCGGCGGCGCUUCUCGGCCUCAGAACUGAUUUCUAGACUCCAGCUGUCCCAAAGAAAGAAUUCCUUCACCUUGAAGUUGGGGAAGUCGCUGUCAGCCCGAGUUGCCUCCAAGGACAAACAGAUUUCUGGCGGUUUGAGCCCAGAUAAUAAAUCCAACGCAAAGCAACGCAGCUCAGGAGGCUACAGUGGGAGCGCCCCCAACAGUCCUGUAGGACCUGCACCGCCAUCGUCCAGCAGUGACAAUGGAGUGCCAACACAUUGGUGGGGCAGCAAACUUGGAAUCCGGAAGAGGUCCAUUGAGGAAGACUUGUGCACAUCGCCUGUUGUUGCUUGCUCCAAUCGCUUAUCAAGGUUCUUGCCAAAUUCCAUCUUGUAUCAAGAAUACAGCGAUGUUGCCAUUAACAGAGAGAUCCAAAGGCAACAGGGCAAGGAGCUGGGCACAGACGAGGACGGCCUCAGAGACAUCGGUUCCGAUGGGACCUCAUCUCCAUUCAGUCUAUCUCCAUCCAGCUCCUUUUGCUCCUCGCGAGGUUCUGCUUUUGCCCUGUGGCAGGACAUCCCGGACGUGCGCUCUAGUGGUCAGCUGGACAACUUCAGCAAUGAGCAGAGAAAAUUGCAGGAGGCCAAGUUUGAGCUGGUGACAUCUGAGGCCUCAUACAUCCGAAGUUUGACCAUCGCUGUGGAUCAUUUCAUGCUGUCACAGGAACUCUCCGAAUGUCUUGGCGCUCAGGACAAGCAGUGGCUCUUCUCCAAGCUGCCCGAAGUCAAAGAUGUCAGUGAGAGGUUUCUUCAUGACUUGGAGAGCAGGUUGGAGGAAGACAUUCUGCAUUUUGACGUGUGUGACAUUGUUCUGGAUCACUGCCCGGCUCUGCGCAGGGUCUAUUUACCUUAUGUAACCAACCAGGCUUACCAAGAACAGACCUAUCAGCGUCUCCUGCAGGAGAAAGCUCGCUUUCCUGCCACUUUGGCCCGUCUGGAGGAAGACAGCGUCUGCCAGAGACUUCCUCUGACCUCCUUUCUAAUCCUCCCAUUCCAAAGGAUCACUCGGCUUAAAAUGCUGGUGGAGAACAUCUUAAAGCGGACCACUCCAGGCUCCAGAGAUGAAGACACUGCAACAAAGGCUUUCAAUGAGUUAAAAAGGAUCAUUAAGGAGUGCAACUCCAGCGUGCAGUCCAUGAAGAGGAUGGAGGAACUCAUCCAUCUCAAUAAGAAAAUUCAGUUUGAGGGCAAGAUCUUCCCUCUGAUUUCUCAGUCUCGCUGGCUGGUGAAGCAUGGUGAACUUCUGGAGGUGGACAUGCAGACCAUGAGUAUUUCUGGAUCCAAACUCAAGCUGCCCACCAAGCCAGUAUACUUGCACCUGUUCAACGACUGCCUCCUGCUGUCCAGGAGAAAAGACACAUGGAAGUUCUUGGUGUUUGUUCACGCCAAGAUAGGAGAGCUAAAAGUGAAGGAUUUGAGUCAGAAGCUGCAAGGAAUCUCAGGCUUCAUCUUCCACCUACAGUUGUGUGAAGGACAGCAACUCAAACAUCAGAUUUUGCUCAAGUCAAACACUGAAAGGAGCGGAAAGCAGCGAUGGAUCGCAGCCAUGUUUCCAUCCAAUCCUCGAGAAGACAUUGAGCAAGCCAGUGAGAAUGAUGACAUAUCUCAGGUCCAGUGCAUUAGAAGCUAUCAGGCACAAGAACAUGAUGAGUUAACACUGGAGAAGGCAGACAUUCUCCAUGCCAAGACCAUCACAAGUGACGGUUGGGUGGAAGGCAUCCGGCUGUCCGACGGGGAACGGGGCUGGUUCCCUAAGCCCUACGUGGAGGAAAUCACAAGUCGCAGUGCACGUCUCCGCAACCUUCGAGAAAAUAUUCGCAUCAAGUGUGUCACACAAAAACUGGAAGGAGAGGAAUAGCCAGCUAAGCUCCUGCAACUUCUUAAGUGGUGAACGUUUCCCAUACAAAGACACAUUAUGUGGAGGCCAGUGCGAGCGUUCGCUUGUUGCCUGCUGUAAAGAUAAAUCUCCAUUGAACUUAUAAAACCAAGCUCUUAACACUUUAUAAAGGAUAAAUAGAAAAUUACUUGCAACUGACUCACUCGUGCACUGUAACAUUACAACGUGACAUGGAUAUGUCUGAAGCUUUUCCUUCUUUGUCGAACAUUUUGUCUAUUGACAUACAUAUACUGUAUAUAUAUAUAUAUAUAGAGAGAGAGAGAGAGAGAGAGAGAGAGAGAGAGAUUCACAAUGUUUAUCUUGUUACAUAUUUUAAAUCUCUGAGCCCACAGACAGCAGAGCCGAAUAAUGAAAUAAUGGUAAAAGGGGAAGUCACUUAUAUGGUGCUUUUCUACCUCCGGUACUCACAGUGCUUUACACUGAUACCUAAUUCACCUUCUGAUGACGCAGCAUCAGAAGCAACUGGGGGUUCAGUAUCUUGCUUAAGGAAACUUUGACAUGGUCACAAUGGCCAGGGAUCGAACCACCAACUUCUGGGUUGGGAAACAACUACUGUACCACUGUUCCAUGUGGCCCCCAUAUAUUAAAAGGAAAUGAACCAUCAGUGAAAAGUUUCACAACACAUAAGCAAUAUUUUCAAGCAGCUACCUGUAUCCUAAUCAAAACUGUCCAAUAAAAUACAAAUCUUCAAAUAUGUUCUUUUUUUUUGUGAUGCUCAAUAUUUUUCUAUAAGAUCAUGAAUGAAAUUCACCGGACAUUUAAAAGACAUACCAUUCCAACACUGCCUUUUUCAGUAACACUACCACAGGAAUAAGCGUUUUGCAACCACUCUACCAAUAUUCUAAUGAUUAUUUAACAUCAACUGUUUCUAUCUCUUCUUUUCUUUUUGACUGCUUGUAACUUAAAUAUGUAUUUAUGCUUCUUCAGCUAUGCUUCUCUGUAUGUUAAGAGUUGCAUUCUGAUUUAAUUUCUUAUUUGUGAUCAGAAAUUACCAUCACCCACCCAUGUCUAAUAACACAUAUUGUAUGAGCCUGGAUGUCUGCCAAUUACUGUAACCCAAAGAAAUGAAUUGGAAUUGUUCUAUAGUAUUGUGUCUUGUCUUGGUGCAGUGUUGCAUUAAAACAGGAUUUUAAAAAACUAAA